UGACUUCAUAUGAAAACUCCACAUGCCAUUUUGCCCAAUAGAUCGCCACUCGCCUCUACCCUUUUGUUUGCACCCCUGUCUUUUUGCGAUCAUGCACAUCCGCUCGAUCGCGCCUUUCGCAAUGGGCCCCUGCUGUUGGACGCGUGGGCGGCACAUUGCCGACGACGUGCGUGCACGCGACGGCGUUAUUACAGCUCACUGAGGUCCGGCCACUGUGCUCUUCGCCUAUCUGUCGCAGUCGACGAACAGCAGCGUCUACGCAGCCAACGAUUCUUGUACACUUUUCCGAUCUCCAGUUCCGUGCGUGCAACACAUAUUUGCGCAGGCAAUCCCAAUUUCGCUUUUUCGCGAUGAAAUAACAGCAAGGUGCAAGUCGAUCGAAGUAUCGACGCAUCAUCUGGUUCUCAUGCCUGUGGUGGGCUAACUGCUGGAACCUGCGGUCUUCUCCUUUCACAUUAGAACAGGAAGUGGUCCACGUCUCCCGCGGCACCAAUCGUGACAUUUCAACAUUAUCGACUGGUGGAAGAGACGGUGAACGGGGCGAGAAGGGAAUCCGCAACGGCCGCGCACGGCGAAGCCACCUGAAGUGCUACGCGAGUCACCGCGCGGCGCGAGCGUGAUCAGGAGGGACCUCGUGAUAGGGUGUUGGCCGGUCGUGCAGCGCAGGGACGCCUCUCGAAACGAAGGUGAAAGAGUGAACGUUUCGUAACGACGCCGUGACGACGACGCGUCGGGACGCGUCGAGCCGCGAGUGCCUAUAGUUCACGCUCGGAGAACUCGCGAGAAAUCGUGAAACUCUCGUGCGACUUGACGCGCACCUAACUUCAGUGGGGGUCCACCGACGCGCCCGAUGAUUUAUCAGUGUGGUGACGCUUAUCGAUCUACGUUCCUCGUUGGAGUGACAAGCGGAUAAGUUCAGAUAAGUUUAUCGCUAAGGUGCUGCGAGGUGCGAGCGGGACUUUCGCUAGUUUCGCUUUCGUUCGUCUGCCACGGAGGUUAUCGAGGAGAAGGAGAACUGUGUGCAUUCUGCUACGCGCGCGACUCUCCGGCCACACCUGCGCGCGGCCGCUCGCCCGCGUGAGCGACUCUCGCGUGCCGUCGCGUGCACUCGCACGCGCGGACCAUGGCCAACGCGCGUGGAGGACACGCGCGCGGCGUCGUUGUAUACGUCCACUAUUGUCUGUACCUGCUGCUCACGGGCGUCCUUGCACUCGCCCAGGACGUGUUGCCUGGCAGUCGUUACUACAAUCGCGACGGCGUGUACGUGCCGCAGGACGCGGCCGGCUACAGGACCUACAUCUAUAAGGAUAGACGAUACGGCUAUCAGCCGAGUUACUUGGAGCCCGGUUACAGAGGACCUACCAGGGCGCCUGAGGAUCGUUUCCUUUAUGGAACCACAGAAAGGCUUCCAUUGCCAGGAAUAUUAGCUGGUUGGCGUGAAGAUCUUCAAGGAAGAGAGAGACCAGAUUCUAAAAAUUUUAGAGAUCGAGAUAUAAUUGUAAAUACAAAUUAUGGUCAAGUUCAAGGGUUUAAAGUUCAACUAUACGACGAUCCACAUGCAAGACAUAGACCUUAUACUAUGGCAGUGGAAAGAGUCACGAAAACUGUUAAUGUAUUUUUGGGGAUUCCUUACGCUAUGCCACCUACUAGAGAAGGUCGUUUCAAACCUCCUAGACCUCACAGGGGGUGGCAACUUUUACAAGCUGUAGAUUGGGGUCCAGCUUGUCCUCAGCCUAGCGAAUAUACUGGUGCUACGAAAGGUGUGCGAGAUGUUGACGAAGAUUGCUUGUAUUUGAAUAUAUUUACACCUCCUAUUGGAUAUGGAGUAUCAAUUAGAUAUCCAGUGAUGUUUUACAUACACGGUGGUGAAUUUAGUCAUGGGGCAAGUAAUCUGUUUCCAGCUCAUAUACUAGCUGCCUUCUAUGAUGUUGUAGUGGUAUCAAUUAAUUAUCGUCUUGGAGCGCUUGGUUUUUUAAGUACUGGGGAUGAAAAUAGCCCUGGGAAUUAUGGAAUUCUUGAUCAAGCUAUGGCACUACGAUGGGUUCAUGAUAAUAUAAUUAGUUUUAAUGGAGAUCCUGACUCUAUAACACUGUUUGGACCAGGUGCUGGAGCAGCAAGUGCAGGCUUAUUAAUGAUUGCGCCAAAAACUCGGCAAAUGGUAUCAAAAGUUAUUGCACAAUCGGGUUCUGCUUUAGCCGAUUGGGCGGUGAUAAUAGACAAGUAUCGGGCACAAAAUACAUCUCGAGUGUAUGCAGAAAUGCUCGGUUGCAGUAUAGAGAGUAGUUGGAAAUUGGUACAAUGUUUAAAGGAUGGGCGUAGUUUCCUUGAAUUAGGCAAUUCUGAAUUAAAGCCUCAUGUUGGAAUGUUCCCAUGGGCACCUGUGCUGGAUAUAAAUUUCACAGUACCUCGAGAUGAUUGGUACGAAGAUUGGAGAGCGAAUGACUGGCGCUUUUUUACAGAAACGCCAGAAGAAAGUAUUAAAGCUCGCAAAUAUAGAAAAGAUUUGGCUUACAUGGCUGGCGUCACAACUCAGGAAGCUGCAUUUAUUAUAAAAAAUAAUGUUACAUUAGCAAGGAAUCAGUAUAUAAUAACCCCUGAGGUGUUUGAUCAAAGGAUCUGGGAAUUAGUUCUUCAAUACAAUUAUACAUUAAAUCCUCAUGGCAUUUAUGAAGCGAUAAAAUAUAUGUAUACAUAUUGGCCGGAUCCAUUAAAUGUCACGCACAUACGUGAUCAAUAUAUAAAUCUUUUAUCAGAUUUUCACUAUGUUGCACCAAAUGAUAAAAUAGCGAAAUUAUUGGUAGAGAGACAUGUACCAACAUAUCUUUAUGUCUUAAAUACCUCGAUAGAAGCACUUCAUUCACCACAGUGGGCUAGGGUACCUCACGAUACUGAACUUUUGUGGUUAACAGGAGCGCCGUUUAUGGAUGUUGAAUUUUUCCCUCAAAAAUGGAAAAUAAGUCGAGAUAUGUGGACUGACAAUGAUCGUAAUAUGAGUCACUUUUUCAUGAAGGCGUACUCUAAUUUUGCAAAAUACGGAAACCCGACACCUUCGCAAAUCUUAGGGUUGCACUUUGAUCUUGCGCGUCACGGACAAUUACGAUACCUCAAUAUCAAUACAACGUUUAACAGCUCCAUUCAAAUAAACUAUCGUCAGACCGAGAGCGCAUUCUGGUCCAUGUAUUUGCCGACUGUUAUUGGUUAUCUCGUCCCUACAUAUCCUCCUGUUACAGAAUAUUGGUGGGAACCCAAACAACCAUUGCAAAUUGCGUUUUGGUCGAUGUCAACAGCGUGCCUACUGCUACUUGUACUUUCCGUAGUGUGCUGCAUGCUUUGGCGUAACGCCAAAAGACAAUCUGAUCACUACUAUAGCGGAGACAUCCUGAUGGUACGAGACGAUGAACCCUCCGAGGGAAUCGAGAAUUUAACACGCUCAUCUAAAGAAAAUAUAUACGAGUAUCGUGACAUACCAGUAAAGGCCAGAAUACCACGUCAAAACGAGACGAGACUACAAGAACGUUUAGCACAUAACAGAAAAUUUAGUUCUACACCCUCGUUACGUAGCAAUUCUAACGUCUCAUUGAAAGACAUGAGAUCAGAAAGCUUCGUUACGAGCUCGCCUAAUGGUCAGAUUAAGAUGGCGAAGACAAUGAGUCAAUCUGCACUGCCGAAAGCUAAAAGCAAGACACUUUUAGUACAGGGAGUACCACAAACAGCUGUUUAAUACUUAAGUUACCAUUAUACAUAAAACAUUGACAAUCUUUUUAUAUUUAUUUUUUAUACUUAGGUAUCUUUUAAAUAUUUUAAUCGUUUUUGUAAAGAAGAUUAUUUGUUCUUAGAAAAUGCCAUACAAUUAUUAAAUUGAAAUAUUAAUCUAAAAAAGACAUUUUAUACAUAUAUUACAAUUUUAAAAAGAAAAAUAAGAUAAAAGAUAAAGUGUAUGGACAAUAAUUGAGACAAUUAUAAAUUGUCUCAAUAAUAUUACUUAAUAUUUUUAACCAUUUAUUCUAAUGAUGUGAAAAUUUAUAUAUUAUUAAUUAUAUUAAAAUGUAUUCUUUCUGAGUUGUUAAAUUGCUAAAGUAUUCUUUAAUAACACAAUGCAAUAUUUAUACAUGUGAAUAUGUAUUUGCAAAUCAAACGUUAUUAGUCACAUUUGUAUUUUGAUAGCCUAAUCACACGACAUUGCCAUUUGAAUAUAAUAUUAUUAAGUUAAUGAUUAAAGAAUUUUAAAUUUUAAUAUUACUGUAAAAUAUUAGAGUUUCUUAUAAAUUAUGUGACUAUAAUAAUACAAGUGGCUGCUUUAUGUAUCCGUCCAUAUAAGAAUAUAAUAAUUGUUGUAUACAAAACAUUUUAUAUAUUUUAUAUGUAUUAUGUAUAUAUAUUAUAUAUGAAUUUAUAUAUCAAAUAUUUUAUACUGCUCUACAAAAUAAUACUUUUGUAAAAUCAAAUUGUGUAAGAUAUAGCUCAAUUUAUCUGUAGAUAAGGAAGAAAAGUGCAAAAGCAAAAAAAA